CACCCCUGGAGCACCAUGUUUCCCCGCCCGCUGACCCCGCUGGCGGCCCCAAAUGACGCCGAGCCCCUGGGCCGGGCGCUGAGGCGGGCCCCACUGGGCAGGGCCCGGGCCGGGUUGGGGGGGCCGCCCCUGCUGCUGCCGUCCAUGCUGAUGUUCGCGGUGAUCGUGGCCUCCAGCGGGCUGCUGCUCAUGAUCGAGCGGGGCAUUCUGGCCGAGAUGAAGCCCCUUCCCCUGCACCCUCCCAACCGCGAGGGCGCCGCCUGGCGCGGGACAGUUUCCCGGCCUGGGGGGCUGCCCCUGGAUGCCGAGGAUUCGGACUUGCAGGUGAGGCAGGACAUCCGAAACCGGACCUUGCAGGCAGUGUGCGGGCAACCGGGCAUGCCCCGGGACCCCUGGGACUUGCCGGUGGGACAGCGGCGCACCCUGCUGCGCCACAUCCUUGUGAGUGACCGCUACCGCUUCCUCUAUUGCUACGUCCCCAAGGUGGCCUGCUCUAACUGGAAGCGGGUGCUGAAGGUGCUGGCGGGCGUCCUGGACAGCGUGGACGUCCGCCUCAAGAUGGACCACCGCAAUGACCUGGUGUUCCUGGCAGACCUGCGGCCUGAGGAGAUUCGCUACCGCCUGCAGCACUACUUCAAGUUCCUGUUUGUGCGGGACCCCUUGGAACGCCUUCUCUCUGCUUACCGCAAUAAGUUUGGCGAGAUCCGAGAGUACCAGCAGCGUUAUGGGGCUGAGAUAGUGAAGCGGUACCGGGCAGGAGCGGGGCCCAGCCCUGCAGGGGACGAUGUCACCUUCCCCGAGUUCCUGAGGUACCUAGUGGACGAGGACCCUGAGCGCAUGAAUGAGCAUUGGAUGCCCGUGUACCACCUGUGCCAGCCUUGUGCUGUGCGCUAUGACUUUGUAGGCUCCUAUGAGAGACUGGAGGCUGAUGCCAACCAGGUGCUGGAGUGGGUGCGGGCACCACCCCAUGUCCGAUUCCCAGCUCGCCAGGCCUGGUACCGGCCUGCCAGCCAUGAAAGCCUGCACUACCACCUGUGCAGUGCCCCAUGGUCCCUGCUGCAGGAUUUGCUGCCUAAGUAUAUCCUGGACUUCUCCCUCUUUGCCUACCCACUGCCCAAUGUCACCAGGGAGGCCUGUCACCAGUGACCAUGCGUAUGGGCCAACAGCUGUUGUGGACCGGUUUUGACAAUGCCAGCUUCUUUUGCCUGCCAUUCAGAGAAGCCCUGGCUCUUAGGCAUGGAGCUUCUCCAGGUAUCUGGAUGGCAGGGACUGCCCUUGGACGUGUUUGUCCAGGGUGGGUGUCCACCAUGGCUCAGAGGACAGGGUUGGACAGGCCUGGUGUUCUCUCAUUGGGGGCAUUUCUUGGCCAAUGUGAUCUUUCUUGUCCUGGCAGAGCCAGAUACCAGUUUGCCAGUGAAGCAACACAUCUGUUCUACAGACUGACUGCAGGGAUUGUGCAGUCUGCUUGGUUCACCUUAACCUGUGGCCAAACCCAGAGAUGGCACCCAUCAGUAACACAACCAGAGCCAGGGCCCUGUGGCUCUGAUCACCCAUUCAUCCAUGAGUUAGCACUCAUGCCUUAUAAAUAACUUUUGUGCCUUUCUGCAUCAGACUCAGAGUUUCCUACACUUUCAAUGUUCUUUCUAUUUUUCCAAGGAAAGGAAAACUGAGUUAAGGGCUCUUGCCUGAUAGCUCCAGGACCCUACUCUGCAGGCAUCCAAAGACCCCUGUUCCCAGCCUCUUCUUGGGGUUCUGGGCACCUCUUCCCUUCCCCCAAGGUUGUGACUGUGGCUGGUGUGUCUGGCUGCAACUUUUCUGACACAUUUAUUUAAAAUUUGUACUUUUUGAUAGAACCCUUGUGAAGGCUUUGUUUUCCUAAUAGCUGAAUUUUUAAUAAAGCUGUUUUGUAUACAAA